CGGUGACAUGUAUAACGUUGCAGGUUUGGAGCGAGAAGAAUCUGUCCGCAUAUUCAUUUCUUUGUUCUCGUCUAUAUUUUGCGUUCAUACACUGCCGCACGGACAGUGCGCUUAUUUCAGAUGUUGAACCCUAAUCACUUUCACCGGAUCAUAAGCGGUUCCUGAGAUGUUAUUGUAUGUGUUCCACUGCCACUGGCAAUGGCUGUGAUGUGACAAUGCGCUGUUUGUUUGCACGAGUCAAUCACAAGACUUUGAUUUUCAUCUGCGCUGCGUUUGCUCUCAUCACCAUACUCCUCUGGAACAAGUGCUCUAGCGACAAAGACCUGCCCACUCAGAUCAGACCUCAACUUGAGUCUGUGCCCACCCCAGAGAAGGAAGAGGAGAAUGGACAGGGCCCAGAGGGCCCGCCGGGGUCCAGAGAGGUCACCUAUGAGCAGAUUGACUGCCUUAUCAAUGAGGAUGUCAUCAUAAAAGGGCGGAGAGAAGGGGGCGAGGUGUACCUGCCCUUCAGCUGGGUGGAGAGGUACUUCGACGUGUAUGGGCGGCUGGUGCAGUAUGAGGGGGUGGAACACUUUGAGUUUUCCCACAGUUACUCACGGGUGUACGCACAGAGGGAGCCCUAUCACCCUGAUGGGGUCUUCAUGUCCUUUGAGGGCUAUAAUGUGGAAGUUCGGGAUAGGGUGAAAUGUAUCAGCGGUGUGGAAGGUGUACCAAUCUCCACACAGUGGGGUCCUCAAGGGUAUUUUUACCCCAUUCAAAUCGCUCAAUAUGGACUGAGCCAUUACAGCAAGAACCUAACAGAGAAACCACCUGACCUAAAGGUCUAUGGCAUGUCAGAGGAGCGAGAGGGUGGCUCGAGUCAGUGGGUCAUCCCUAAGGGGUGCUCUCUUUCCAAGCUUCAGGAUCAAAGUCGCUCUGGGUUUGUGCACCACUUUGUCACAGUGGAGAACUCAGAAGGUGUGUCUCUGCUCCUGGAUAACCCAAAAGAUUUCGUCCUGACCUUUGACGUGAAGUUCCUCUCCAACGGCAGUGUCUCUGUUGUUUUGGAGACAACAGAAAAGGGAGCCCCUUAUACCAUCCAUUACAUAACAAGCCCACUCCUCCUCUCGUUCAAAGACAGAGAGGUCUUCUAUGGCAUCGGACCCUGCGCAUCUUGGAUUACAUUGAGUCGGGAUUUAGUGACAGACCUGCGUAAAGGAGUUGGCCUGUCUAACACCAAAGUGGUCAAGGCGACCAAGAUCAUGCCUCGGCGCGUGGUUCACCUGGUUCUUAAAGGUUCUGGCUUCAUCAGCAAUAUCACUGUGUCUUCCACCGCACAUAUGGCCGCCUUCUUUUCUGCAAGUGAUUGGCUUCUUCAUAACCAGGAUGAGCAUGGAGGUUGGCCAAUCAAGGUGAAUCGCAAGCUCGGAGAGGGCUUCAAGAGCUUGGAGCCUGGAUGGUACUCUGCAAUGGCCCAGGGCCAGGCCAUGUCGACUUUAGUGAGGGCGUACCUGGUCACGCACAACCCCGUUUACCUCAGCGCCGCUCUACGUGCAACAUCCCCCUUCAAGAGGUCUUCGGAACAAGGUGGUGUCAAGGCGACAUUCAUGAACAGGUUCGACUGGUAUGAGGAAUACCCCACAAUGCCUAGUUCGUUUGUUCUCAAUGGCUUUAUCUACUCUCUGAUUGGACUGUACGAUGUGGCGGAGACAGCAGGCAACAAGCUUGGACGAGAACCAGGCAUACUCUUCAGUCAAGGACUGGAGUCACUAAAGGCUAUGUUGCCAUUGUUCGACACGGGCUCUGGGACAGUUUAUGACCUCAGGCACUUUACGUUGGGCGUAGCACCAAAUUUAGCACGCUGGGACUACCACACCACUCAUAUUAACCAGUUACAGCUGCUUGCUUCGAUUGACAGUGCCCCCAUUUUCAGGGAGUAUGUAAAACGUUGGAAGACGUACCUGAAAGGAGGCCGUGCCAAGCACAACUAAAUCUAUUAAAAACUGAUUGUCAUAAUUUCCUUAAUCAGAUCUUAUCACAUCUUUGGCUGUUGUUUGAGAAUCAAAUGAACCAGAGCUUUGGACAAACAAUUUUACUAUUCACAGAAAAAGUUGCAUAUUGUAUCCUACUUGGAUCCCUAUAUUGUAUCCCCAUUUAGGUGUCAUUCUGAAGAGUUGUUGUACAGAUUUUGAGAAUGUGAAGUCAUGUAAUAUAAUUUAUUUUCAAAGUGUUAUGGUAUAUUAGAAUAUAAUAUAAUAGAAUGUAAGAAGCAAUGCAUAGUUAUUUACAUACUUGAAAGCAAGCACACCAGUUUUGCCCUGAAAUAAUAUCUGAUUGAAAAUCUUUAAGAGAUGUGUGAAGUAAAAUUAGUAAAUGUUAGAGGCCAAACAAAUAAUUGUGCAUUUAGAUAUCAUGCAUUUAUUAUCAUUAAUGUAUGGCUUUGCGAUAGUUUAACAAAGCAUAACAUCUGUUGUAAUUAUUGCAUAAUAGUAAUUAACUGAGUAUAAUCAGUUAGAAAUUGUUUAGAGUUUAUGUGGUCUUUGGGCUCUUUAGAUUUUAGUUUGUGAAGCUCAAUCCAAUCAGAUGACUCUCAACAAAGUUGCACAGUUGUUGUUGUUUUUUUCAG